CCCGAUUCUGACCAACAUACAACAAUUACCGGAAAUAUGGCAACAUCAUCGUCCACCAAACACACGCCUGGCCUCCUACACAUUAUAUCACAGCUGUCUUCAAGAUGAACGAGUUGUAUGGAAGCAGUGAUAUGCAGUUAUUAUGUUGCCACACUUCCGGAGGAAGUCGACAUACAUCUUUAAAUACACAGCAUUACCCCAACAUAAACAAACACUCCAGCCUCCGGCUACAACUCGACUGGUUGUGUGGGAUAAAAGGAGAAACAUACCCGGACAGAACCAUGGCAGUUGUGCGAAUGACUUUGGCUUUGAUGGCGAUCUUGACCGUGGCACGGAUGUCACAAGCCUGUCUCUGCGGACUAAGACACCCACAGGAAAACUUCUGCGUUGCCGAUUUCGUGUUGAGCGUGAAUGUCAUUGAAAUGGAGGAAAUAUACGGAAAUUCACUUCCUCGCCAUCAAUUUCCCUUGGAGGUCAAGUACACCGUCGAUAUCAGCUUUGUGUUCAAGUGGUCUGAUGAGUCCAAUAUAUCUGACCAAAUCUACCUGUUUACUGGAGGAUCAGAAGCGUCCUUGCAGACAGGACCUGGAGGUUGGCAACUCGUAUGUCGUAAUGGGAUAUGUGUAUGACGGCAAGAUGUACUUCGGCCAGUGUGACUGGACAACAAGAAAUGAGGACCUCACUGAACAUAUGAUUAGGGGAUUACGGUUCAAGUACCGUAGGGGAUGUAACUGCAAGAUACAAACUUGCUAUGGUGACCAACACUGUGAUUCCCUCGGUAACCAAAACAACACGUGCCUGUGGAUGUCCAGUAACGAAUGCGACCGACAAUUCGGAUUCUGUACAGAAAGACCGGACAUAGGAUGCGCAUGGCGACGCAACGGGAUGCGAAGGAACUGCUUACGUGGAUUAACUAACGCAUGAUAUGACAUACUGGAUAUAGAAGAUGUAUGGAAAUCACUUGAAUAGCGUAAAAUAAAGUAUUGCAUUCCAAUUA